CCAUCAUGUUUGGCUAGUAAUAGUUAUUAUAGAAUGGACAGGCCUAACAAUAGAGACACUACUUAUUACCCGUAUGCGUCCAAUCUUACCUGCGGAGAGGUCAAUAUGUCUGGGAUAUAAUAGGAAAAGGUCAAAACCGAGUGCGUCAGGAUCGUAUCCGCAUUGUACCUGUUAAAACAGACAACAUACCUAGACAAGUUCACAUUCUGUGUGGCACACUACACCGGACGAGAUGCAAACGCAAAGACGACACUGCAGACUAAAUAUAUAUAUUUAAAGUAGGGAACCAAACCGACACAUUUGUAACGAUGAAUGUGUAUCACUUCAUUCUAUUUUUUCUUCUACACGAGUGCCAUUCCCAUUUUGCAGAGAGUUCACUAGUUCAGAGGAUUGAUGGCUGGUACAAUAAUUUUGCUCAUAUAAACUGGGGCGGAGCAGGGGAGCCCCUCAUUCACAACAUAACAACAGCGUAUACCGACUUCACGUACAAGGUUCCCAGUAACGGUCUUCCAAGUGCCAGAGUAAUCAGCAAUACAUUGUUUAGACAGAAUAUGUCUCUAGACUCCGGGGGUUCGUUCUUAAACAGAUCAGCACUCUUCGCAUUCUUUGGUCAGUUGGUAGACUUUGAACUCACGGAUGUAGACGAUACGACGUGUCCAGCUGAGCUCUUGUCAAUCCCUGUACCAAGGUGUGACCCGGAUUACGAUCCACAAUGUUCCGGCACUAUGUCUAUGCCAUAUGAAAGAGCAGCAUAUGAUAAAAACAGUGGUCAGACACCUAAUUCACCUCGUCAACAGUUGAACGCAGCCACCAGCUAUAUAGACGCCGGGUUUGUAUACGGUACCAAUACGGUCCGGGCUGCUUUUCUUCGUGAGGACAAAACAGCGUAUCUAGCAUCAGGUGACAAGUGGAGAAAAUAUCCGGAAAUGAAUGAUAUUGGAGUACCGUACGAUGCGUAUCCAUCUGUAUCCCAUAAAAUAGCUAAUCCGCUUAAACUAUGGAAGUUGGGUGAUAAACACGUCCAUGAGAACCCUGCAGUUCUCUCCCUUGGCGUUUUAUUCUAUAGAUGGCAUAACUACCUUGCCAAAAAAUUUAUCCAUGAAGAUCAAGAAAAUCUUUCACAAGCUGAUCUUUUUGCUAAAUCUAGAAAAUGGGUUAUUGCCAGUCUACAGAAUAUCAUUGUCUAUGAAUGGUUACCGAAGCUAAUGAAAACGAAAUUACCGCCAUACCAAGGCUACAAGUCGUCCACAGAACCGGGUAUAACAGCGGUGUUUGAUGCUUUAGCGCUUAGAUAUAUUAUGACCUUGAUACCUGCUGGAAUUCAUCAACGGAGAGUGGGCAGCUGUGAUCACAUCGACUCCCAUUUGGGCCCGAAAGCUCUACGACUGUGUAAUACCUACUUUGAAUCCCAGAACAUCCUUCUUGAACGUGAGGAUGGCAUAGAGGAAACUUUACUCGGUCUUGCGAAUCAGUUAAGCGAGCGAGAAGACAUUCAAAUCGUGGAAGAUAUCCAAAGUAAAUGGUUCGGUCCCCUGCAUUAUUCGCGACAAGACCACGUUGCACAAACAAUUAUGAGAGGACGAGACUACGGUCUACCUGACUAUAACACCGUCAGGAAGGAAAUUGGAAUGAGACAAAUCACAGAAUGGGGCGAAAUCAAUCCCGCACUAAAUAGAACGAAUCCCGAAGUAUUCGAGUCGUUGAUGAAGUUAUAUGGCGACGUGAAUAUGAUCGAUCCUUUCGUUGGCGGUAUGUUGGAGACAACAUCAGAGGGACCAGGAGAGCUAUUCACAGCCAUUCUUGCAGACCAGUUCACCCGGAUCAGGGCUGGAGACCGUUUUUGGUUCGAAAAUAAAGACUCAAUGCUAUUCACAACUGCCGAAAUAGCAGAGAUAAGGAACAUAACACUUCAUGACGUCAUCGUUAAGUCAACACAAAUUGCAAAAGAUGAUUUACAGGAGGACGUGUUCACUGUAAAUGCCUCCGCCUGUCCAGCUGUGUAUGUAGAUGUUGGUAUGAUGGAACCUUGUACAGGACACAAAGGAUACGACUAUUUUGCCGGGAGUGAAAUCAGUUUUAUCAUCAUAUGGGCAUGCUUUGGAUUAAUACCGCUAAUAUGCGUACUGUCGGCCUAUAUUGCCGCAAGAUGUCGAACCUGGAGACACAAUAAACAUGUAAGACGCCAACAGAUGAACAGGCAGGCGACUAACAGAGACGCGGAGUCUCGCUCAAAAGAGUUGCAGUCGUUUAACGCCUUGGAAUGGCUAGGGGAAAAGGUGUCCACACGUCCAGUGGUUAUCAUCCUUAAGCCAAAAUGCACAGUAGAGUUGACCAGCAAUCGUGGCACUCGACUUCGGACUCUAGGUCUCUGCCAUUCAUCUGAUAUGGAAAUCUACAAUAGUACAAACAAGGGGAGGACAACUCUGAUGAUCAAAGUUCCAAAGGAGUAUGAUAUGUGUUUGCAAUUCCCAUCCUAUGCACAGCGUGAUUUGUUUGAGAAUGCUCUCUGCUCCUUGUUGGAGAAAAACAGUCGACAAGCCAUCAUUCACGAGGUCAAAUUAAAGCUUAUCCACAACAAUACCUUCACACAAAUCAAGAGGAACGCAGUAUUGGAGAAAUUCUUCAAAACUGUUUUCUCAGAGGCUUUCCAAAUGGAUUAUGACCCAGACUUAGAAGACAGUGAAGGCGAGUCUACCCAAACGACAGCAGAAAUAUUGGAAAUUGAACUAUCAAAGGAAGAAUUUGCGCACGCCUUAGGUAUCAAACCAAAGUCGGACUUUGUUGAGAACAUGUUCAGUCUAUUGGACUCUGACAGAAACGGGUACAUUUCCUACAGGAAUUUCCUUACUGCAGUAGUUCUUUUUUCAAAAGGUUCCUGUCAAGACAAGUUACAACUGGUAUUCCGCAUGUUUGACACUGAUUCUGCGGGUUCUUUGGACAAAUCUGGGCUCAUCAAAAUGUUUAACUCGGUGUUAGAAAUGGCAAACAGCAACUUGGGGAAGGAGGAAGUCAUCAGCUUGGUGGAAUCUAUGUGCAGUCAGAACGGCUUACAAGAGCAAACUAGUUUUAACUUCGACGACUUCUGUCAAAUUCUCUCUCCUCAGAUGGAUAAAAUCUGGAAUGGAGGACUGGAAUGGAGAGGGCGGAAAAAUUGUUACCCGACCCCACAGGAUCGACGUAAAAGCACGGACACAAGAAGGAAGUCUUCCAUUCCUUUGGACACCCGCCGGAAGAGCAGUGCUAGUAUUGAUGAGGUGUUGACAAAGACCCCCAGCAGUAACUCACUAAUGGCCAACAUCCCGACAGAACUCCGCACGCGCUUCGAGGCCACCAGGGAAAAGUACCAUCCGCUCAAGGCUAAGAUCAAGAAUCUGAAACAUUUUAUAGAAAACAACAGACAGAAUAUUUUCUUCCUUGUAUUGUUUUAUGGUAUAUGCUGGGGACUAUUUGCUGAACGAUUCUAUUACUACACUGUUGAGCGGGAGCACAGUGGACUGAGAGCUUUGAUGAGUUAUGGAAUCAGCGUUACCAGAGGAGCAGCGGCCGGAAUGUCCUUCACAUUUUCGCUGUUGCUGUUGACAAUGUGCCGAAACAUGAUCACAUGGUUACGCGGCACAUUCCUAAAUUUGUAUGUUCCAUUUGAUUCACACGUAGCAUUCCACAAAGUCGUGGCAUGGACAGCACUGUUCUUCACGGGACUGCACGUCUUGGGCUAUAGUUUCAAUUUCUACCAACUCGCCACACAGCCAACCGGACAUCUGUGUAUCUUCGACUCCAUCGUCCUUAGAGCCGAUUCACAAGUAGGAUUCGUGUUCUGGUUGUUCGGAAAUAUGACAGGUUUUACCGGAGUUUUGUUAGUCAUCCUCAUCUGUAUUAUAUACGUGUUCGCGACCCAGACAGCUAGACAAUUGAUCUUUAACGGAUUUUGGUUGACUCACAAGUUAAUCGCCGUUCUCUAUAUCCUCACUAUCAUUCAUGGCGCCUCCCUCAUCGUCCAGAAACCUUUCUUCUAUGUAUACUUCAUCGUUCCUGCCAUCUUGUUUACGAUUGACAAGGUUGUCAGUCUGAGUCGGAAGAAAACGGAGAUAACUGUGAUGAAUGCCGAAAAGCUAGAUUCAGAUAUUACCUACCUGGAAUUCAAGCGUCCAUCGAAGUUUGAGUAUAAAUCUGGACAGUGGGUGAAAAUUGCGUGUCUGUCGCAAGGCCGGAACGAGUAUCAUCCCUUUACACUGACGUCGGCCCCACACGAGGACACUCUCUCCUUACAUAUAAGGGCAUUAGGGCCCUGGACGUGGAACAUACGACAGACUUUCGACCCAGAGAAUCUCAAAGACGGUCCAUAUCCGAAGCUUUACCUGGACGGACCGUACGGGGCCGGCCAACAGGACUGGUACCAGUAUGACGUGUCUGUACUGGUGGGGGCCGGGAUAGGUGUGACACCAUAUGCCUCCAUCCUCAAAGACUUUGUACACAUGGCAAUGAUGAAGAAUACCUACAGGAUGAAAUGCCAGAAGCUGUACUUCGUUUGGGUGACUGCCAGUCAGCGACAUUUUGAAUGGCUCCUCGACAUCAUUCGGGAGGUGGAGGCUUUUGACAAGAAAGGCAUCGUUUCCAUUGAUAUCUUUAUUACCAAGUUCUUCCAGAACUUUGAUCUCCGGACGUCUAUGCUGUACAUUUGCGAGGAACAUUUUCAAAAGUUGUCCGGAGGCUGCAGCGUGUUCACCGGACUAAAGGCCAACACCCAUUUUGGACGACCAAAGUUAAACGAGAUGUUCGAAGCUGUACAAAAGGCUCACCCUAUGGUCCGGAAAGUGGGUGUGUUUAGUUGUGGACCCCCAGGAGUGACGAAGAGUGUGGAACAGGGCUGUAUUGAGGCAAGCAACGGUACCAAGGCACAGUUUGAACACCACUUCGAGAACUUUUAAAAUACACGACUUUCAAAGGAUAUGUUACACUUACGACUAAAAAUGUAUUUCAAUGACUUCUUAAACAAUUAGAACUGUAAGCAACAGUCCUGUGUCAUUCCUCGUUUUUGUGGACUGUGUUUAGUAUCUAUAGUAUACGACAUUCUGCAGAGACCCCACUGCAAAACAAAACUAUCCAGUCUGCAAUACUAGUAUGCACUUCACGUAACAGUGCUUACUAUGACAACAUAUGCGGACAUUAUUGUUUGAAAAGUAUUUCGUCUUUUAUUCGAAAUAUUUUCAUCAACCUAGAAGAGGACGUUGUGGUGAACAAUAACUGAUAAAUUGAUAAUUGUGUGACCUGCACGGGUCAAAUUAUUUGCUAUUCAAUAAGAUACUAAAUAUUAUUAUAAUAAGGGGUUUGAUAUAUUUGGUAUUGGUUUGGUAAUGAUUGUUUAAAUGGCACGAUAUUUUUAUCUAGAACGAUGAUAAUGUGAGGAUGUGGAUGUUUGUGUGUACUUUGUAUGUAUGUGUUUGUUGUAACUAUAAAAUGAUGAGAAAAUGUCCUCCUACCUUUCGUGCCUACACUAUAAACAGAGUAGAAAACUAUAUUUAGUCUUAAGGUUACAUGUAUCACUGUCUCAGACUGUAAGUAAUUAUUGGAAACAGUUCUUCCGACAUGACCAUGACUACAUGGAUUCGAACCAUAGACUUCAAAUUGUGGACUAUCAUUCCAACCGAUCCAGCUACCGGGUCAACGGGAUUGAUCUAGCACAAGUGUGUUGAGUUUUAUUCAAAACGAAAAUAAGGGGAUUGGUUACCGAGUAUAAAAAACAGUGCACUGGGACAGUGGUCCUUAACACUACUAAUGGUAGUAAAUUAGCACGAACGUGGACGGAAAAUAUGUGAACUUGACACUUUAAUGUGCGUGUCGGGGAGGUAACGUGUGCUUGCUUCUUGGCGUUUAACAGGGCUUUGAUAUCACGUAGAUUUAAGCCACAAAUCGAAAUUAACUUGAUUUUUCCCUUGAGGAAAGAUAUCAACAGCGAAUCUUGUGAUUUUGACAAAAUGCUUAAUAGUUACUUUAUUUACAAGAGUAGUACCAUGAAGUUAUAAAAAAAUCUUCUUAAAUCUAUUUAUGUGUUUUAAAGCCCAUAUCGUUGAAGCAAAUAAACACUAUCCUGAAUAAGGAAUUGUGUAGAAUGAUUGGUCUACUUGAUCAAAAAGAUUUGUAAUAUUUAUUCUAUUAUUAUAAUCAGAUUGUUUUGUAUCAACUAACUACCAUGUCUUUCUAUAUUGAGUUGUGAACAGGGCGUCAGGGAAAUGUCGACAAGGCUUUUCAAAAGAAGCUUACGAAAUUCCAGCUUCCAGUGUGGAGCAUGUGUAUUUUUAAAACGAAACUGCAACAAUACAAUGUACGUUAAGUUGACAAUACCACUAAUUAUAACUGAACGAACUGACAUAUUUAACACAACACAGCAAUAUAAAGUUAUGAAACUGUAGGUUGAGAUUAUAAAUGUGGACGUUCGUAAUUUGUUACAUUAGUUAACUUCUCAGCUUGUAUAUUAAAUCCUAGUUUGUUUAAUUGUAUGUUUGUUAACCAAUAUAUAUCGUACCUAAUGGUAAUUCACUUGGGAUCCUUUAUAUCAUAGGAAUUAUUCAUACUUCGGGAUUUUCCAUCAUCGGAUUAGUCAAAGUCCCAUAACUCUAGGGAUUAGGCGAAAGAAUUAACGAUCUUUGCAAAAUUUAUAUAUGAAAUUGGAAAUUAUUUCAAAUUGUUUUCGUCUGUUUUUAAGAAAAUAUGAUCCAUAAAGCGAUGCUAGAUGAAUUCGUUCAUUCCUAAGUAUGACGUCAUAAAAAUGUUUAUGUAACGUUAUUUGAUUGUUGUCACAUGAUGCAUGAUAUAGGAAUCGCGAGAUGCAAGACAUAUUUAUCCUCUCCUUCAUCUCUAGGUAUUGAAGAAAAUAAAUUGUGGAACCACGAUAAACUCGGAACAAUUUCAUUUCCGCUAACAUCCAGAUAGUUUUCAGGAUAGUUGGACUCCAGAUUUAUCAUCCAGAUAGUUUUCGGGAUAGUUGGACUCCAGAUUUAUCAUCCAGAUAGUUUUCGGUAUAGUUGGACUCCAGAUUUAUCAUCCAGAUAGUUUCCGGGAUAGUUGGACUCCAGAUUUAUCAUCCAGAUAGUUUCCGGGAUAGUUGGACUCCAGAUUUAUCAUCCAGCUAGUUUCCGGGAUAGUUGGACUCCAGCCUUCAGGGGAUUUACGCACCUGUCCUCCUUUUCAACAGUAGCUUAUACAAUUUAGAUUUCCAGUGUUUGGCCCCAGGCAUCACCGAUGAGUCCUAGAAGGACGAAACAGCUGUAUGGUGCAAUGUUUCACUUUUGGCAUGCUGAAUUUAUAACCUCAAGGUGCAGUCGCGUAUGUGUCUAUGUUAUGUUCGUCUUUAACUAUUAACAUCGUUAAUGAUGUCAUAUUAUUAUUGCAAGAUACAUAUGUUAAUGUUAUGUUUGAGAAUGAAUGUUUUCUUAUUGUAAAACAGUGGUGUUAACGUGAUAAUGUUAUAAGGUUGUGUUAGUGUUACUAUUGUUGCUAGACUUCGCCUAACUAGAUCAUUGAUAUUCAGAGGUGUUAGUAAUGAUGUCUGACACCACGCGUUUUGUGGUCAGUACUGUAAAACUAAUAUCUUAUAUAAUGUAGACUAUAGAAAAAAGUAAAAUGAAAAAUACA